AUGAGCAAACGAGCUUCUACGUACUUGAAUGGGGAAACUGUUUCCUCCUCAGCCUGUAUCCUCCUCAGCCUGUAUCCUCCUCAGCCUGUAUCCUCCUCAGCCUGUAUCCUCCUCAGCCUGUAUCCUCCUCAGCCUGUAUCCUCCUCAGCCUGUUUCCUCCUCAGCCUGUAUCCUCCUCAGCCUGUAUCCUCCUCAGCCUGUAUCCUCCUCAGCCUGUUUCCUCCUCAGCCUGUUUCCUCCUCAGCCUGUUUCCUCCUCAGCCUGUUUCCUCCUCAGCCUGUUUCCUCCUCAGCCUGUAUCCUCCUCAGCCUGUAUCCUCCUCAGCCUGUAUCCUCCUCAGCCUGUUUCCUCCUCAGCCUGUUUCCUCCUCAGCCUGUUUCCUCCUCAGCCUGUUUCCUCCUCAGCCUGUUUCCUCCUCAGCCUGUUUCCUCCUCAGCCUGUUUCCUCCUCAGCCUGUAUCCUCCUCAGCCUGUUUCCUCCUCAGACUGUGCUCUGUGUUCAUGUGUUGAAGACCUUAACGCUGUGUUCACAACUCAGGAACCUGGGUGUCUGAGUUCAAAUAUGGACGAGGAGCAGGUGUGGGGAGGCAGCCCCGCGUGCAGCCCCAUGCCCAUCUGCGUGGCCGUCUGUGAGCCGCCUGCGCCUGAGCCGUGCCAGCGCCGAGCCGGGGGGUGA